CAGGUUUAUUAAUUCCAAAUCUUUUUUCUUUCUUUCUUUAAAGCGCAAGGGGUGGGGGUGGAGAGAAUAUUUAAAAAGGUACGGGGCCACCCUUAAGUUUCAUAAGCUCUGAAAAUGAGGGACGUCGGAGUUUUUCUUUGCGUGCUGGCCUUCGUCUCUUACACAUCAGGUCAAAUGCCUGGUGGGAGAGGAGGCGACCUCUCGCCCCAGAUGCUAACGGAGAUGAAGGAAACCAACAAGGCACUGAGAGAAAUCAGAGAACUGCUAAAACAGCAGGUCAAAGAGAUCAUCUUUUUGAAGAACACCGUGAUGGAAUGUGAUGCCUGUGGCUUGGGCACGGGAGUGGUGGGCCCUGGGAUCAGUGUGGUUUUGAACCCCUGUUCUCCGAAUCCAUGUUUCCCGGGGGUCACCUGUACCAGCACCGGGACCAGCUUCCAUUGUGGAUCCUGCCCUCUGGGUUACACAGGCAACGGAACUUACUGCACCGACAUUAAUGAGUGCACAGCCAACCCCUGCUUCCCCAGAGUCCGCUGCAUCAACACCGCGCCUGGUUUCCACUGUGAGUCAUGCCCUCCUGGCUACAGAGGCCCACCGCUGGAAGGAGUCGGUUUAGCGUUUGCCAGGGCAAAGAAGCAGAUCUGUAAUGAUGUCAAUGAAUGCGAGGAAGGGACUGCCAGACACUGCGUGUUAAAUUCCAUCUGCAUUAACACUCCGGGCUCCUACAAAUGUGGAGCAUGUAAGAGUGGCUUUGAAGGGGACCAGAGUUCUGGCUGCCGGGUCAAAGUCAAGCGACGUUGCCCCGAUGGCCAACCAAGUCCUUGUCAUGAGAAAGCAGAGUGCAUUGUCGAGCGAGAUGGGACUCUCAUCUGCCAGUGUAUCGUCGGGUGGGCAGGAAAUGGCUACAUUUGUGCAAGAGAUACCGACAUUGAUGGGUUUCCAGACGAGAAGCUUCGUUGCAAUGAUGAAAAGUGCCAGAAGGAUAACUGUGUGACGGUUCCCAACUCUGGCCAAGAAGACGCUGACAGGGAUGGGAUUGGUGACGCCUGUGACGAUGAUGCUGAUGGGGACGGGAUAAAAAACUCCGAGGACAACUGUGUGUUUGUGCCCAAUUCGGACCAGCAAAACGUGGAUCUAGACAACUUUGGGGAUGCUUGUGACAACUGCCGGAAUAUCAAGAACAACAACCAGUGGGACAGUGAUGGCGACGGACGGGGAGAUCUGUGCGACAACGAUAUGGAUGGAGACCAAAUUAAAAAUGUCAUGGACAACUGUCCGAGGAUCUCAAACACUGACCAGAAGGACACCGAUGGGGAUGGAGUUGGAGACGUCUGUGACAGCUGCCCCUUCAUCAGUAACCCAGAUCAGAAAGAUACUGACCACGAUCUUGUUGGAGACCCGUGUGACACCAACCAGGACAAAGAUGGAGAUGGGCACCAGGAUUCCCGCGACAAUUGUCCUUCGGUGCCCAACAGCUCCCAGCUGGAUUCUGACCAGGAUGGGCUUGGAGAUGAAUGUGAUGAUGAUGAUGAUAAUGAUGGCAUCCCAGAUCAAAAGCCCCCAGGGCCUGACAAUUGUCGUUUGGUCCCCAAUCCUGGCCAGCAGGACACAAAUCGAGAUGGCGUCGGAGAUGCUUGUCAGGAUGACUUUGAUAAGGACCAUGUGAUUGAUCGGAUUGACGUCUGCCCUGAAAACGCUCAAGUGACGCUGACUGACUUCCGGGCCUUUCAAACCGUUGUGUUGGAUCCUGAAGGAGAUGCCCAGAUAGACCCCAACUGGAUUGUCCUCAACCAGGGCAUGGAAAUCGUGCAGACCAUGAACAGUGACCCAGGUUUAGCUGUGGGGUACACGGCAUUUAAUGGGGUGGAUUUUGAAGGCACCUUCCACGUGAACACGGUCACGGACGACGAUUAUGCAGGGUUCAUCUUUGGCUACCAGGAUAGCGCCAGCUUCUAUGCAGUGAUGUGGAAGCAGAUGGAACAAACCUACUGGCAGGCCAAUCCUUUCCGGGCUGUGGCAGAACCUGGUAUCCAACUCAAGGCAGUGAAAUCAAAGACUGGACCUGGAGAAUACCUGCGUAACUCGCUCUGGCACACAGGGGACACCGCUGACCAGGUCAAGUUGCUGUGGAAAGACCCCCGGAACGUCGGCUGGAAAGAUAAGACUUCUUACCGCUGGUUCUUACAGCACCGGCCCCAGGUGGGCUAUAUCCGGACUCGGUUCUAUGAGGGGUCUGACUUGGUAGCCGACACUGGCGUUGUCCUCGACACAACCAUGCGAGGGGGCCGUCUGGGGGUCUUCUGCUUCUCCCAGGAAAACAUCAUCUGGUCCAACCUGCGGUAUCGCUGCAAUGACACGAUUCCUGAAGACUACGAGGCUUACCGGAACCAACAUGACUACUAAAUGUUACUGCCGCUGGCUGAAAAGAGACCUGUUGCACCCGCGCCACACGCACUGCUUCUGCUCCCUUCAAGAUAUAGCACAUGGUGAACCAUCUCUUCAUACGUGGCAAGCAUCACGUCCGCUGUAGCGUCCCCACUACCCUUCCUAGAACCAACCUCGACCGAGAUCUGCUUCCACAUGACUCCGAGAACCCUCACUGCUUGACAUAGCGCAGAAGAGCCGUUCAUGCUCGGUGGCAGCUGCUAACAAGACCACAAGGGUGGACUUAACUAGGGGACCCUCCUGGAAGGCUGAAAGGUUCAACCACCAGAUAUCUGGCUUCCUUGGGCAUCCUCCACUGGGUUGUCCCCUGCCCUUGUCUUGCAUCUUUUUGGGUCAGCCACUGCUGAUGCUGAGGUGGGACACAGGCAGCCACCUGUUGUGGCCUCCCAGAUUUCGCUCCAUGACCUCUGCAAGAGAAGGAAGGUGCCUUUGAGGUCUCACUCCGGUUCUUGUGUGUGUGUGUGUGUGUGUGUGUGUGUGUAUGUG